AAACGAGCCCUGCGCUCAUGUGGUGCAGCCCUCAGCAUCGCCAUUGGCCUCCUGGAGUCGGCUUUCCCCAACGUGGGAGCACGCAUUCUCACCUUCUUGGGUGGCCCCGGCAGCCAGGGCCCUGGCGCGGUGGUUGACGAUGACUUGAAAAAUAUCAUCCGGUCGCAUCAUGAUAUCGAAAAGGACAACUGCCCUUACAUGCGAAAAGCAAUCAAGACUUCGCGGGAUCUGAAGGUGUCGGGCUGUGUCGGCUCCUGUUUCUCAGCCAAUGUGAAAACAGGUUGCACCAGUGACAACGAGGUGGGCAUCGGCCACACUUCAGUCUGGCGUCUAAACGGCCUGACGCCAGCUUCCACGUUUGGCAUCUUCUUUGACGUCACUAAUCAGCAUCAGGCUCCGCUGCCACCGGGUGGUCGUGGCUACGUUCAAAUCGUCACCCAGUACCAGCAUGCCAGUGGACAACGCCGCUUUACGCCUAUGGCGCAUUGCCGUUUGAUAGCUGAAAUUUAUGCUGAAUUUUUGACUUCUUCUAGAUGGCUGGACCGUCAGUUGAUCAAACUCUGUCAUAAAUUUGGCGAAUACCAAAAGGAUGAUGCUGCCUCGUUCCGUCUGCCAGACGAAUUUGCCUUUUACCCUCAGUUUAUGUUCCAUCUGCGACGUUCUCCUUUCAUCCAAGUCUUCAACAAUAGUCCAGAUGAGACGGCUUAUUACAGACACGUGCUGAAUACCGAGGACUGUUCCAAUUCACUUCUGAUGAUUCAGCCUUCCCUGAUCGCCUUUCGCCUGGAUGGGACUGACGAGGCCGUGCUUCUGGACAGCUCCAGCAUCCAGCCCGACUGUGUACUCCUCAUGGACAGUUUCUUCCACGUCCUUAUCUUCCAGGGAGAAAACAUUGUCAAGUGGCGAAAAGCCGGCUACCUGUAUGCGUACCUGCGCGACGUCAUCGAACGACCCCGCGCUGAGGCUCAGGAGUUGCUGCGAACUCGUUUCCCCCUUUCACGCUACAUUGAUACCGAACACGACGGCAGUCAGGCGCGCUUCCUCCUCUCCAAGGUCAACCCCUCCACCACACACAACAUGUUCGGCUUCGGUCAG